AUGAAGAAGACAGUGGCCCAAAUGAAGCGAAAUAAAAAUAAAACUGGUGGAGGACCACCAGAAAAGACAGAGUUAACGUGGUAUGAAGACCAGUUACACCAUAUUUUAAGUGAAAUCGUUGAUGGCUUAACAACAGAAGGUGACAGUGAUGAUCGUAACAUGACCCAGGCAUGCAGGCCUAUAAAAGAACAUAUGCCUAUAAAAGAAAAUUUGCAUAUAGAAGAAAAUGAUAAUGAAGUCCAGGAAGAUUGGCAAGAAGUAGACAAUCAAGCGGAGUCAGUUUCAAUUGAAGUGGCCGAAGAUGGCCCGGGUACAUCCGGAAUUGGACAAAAAGUGACCCAAUGUAAAGUGAACUACACUGCUGACAGCAAAGUGCGCGAUGUUCACCACAAAACGGACGUCUGCAGUGCUCGCAAUGGUUGGUUGUCAUCCGUCGUUUUUUAG